AAUGGCGGCCCCCUUGGAGCUCAGUUGCUGGGGAGGUGGCUGGGGGCUCCCAUCGGUGCACAGCGAGUCCCUGGUGGUGAUGGCUUACGCCAAAUUUUCUGGUGCACCUUUGAAAGUCAAUGUCAUAGAUAACACCUGGAGAGGUUCAAGAGGAGAUGUACCAGUUUUGACAACUGAAGACAACAUUGUUUCUCAGCCUGCGAAAAUACUAAACUUUUUAAGAAAACAGAAAUAUAAUGCUGAUUAUGAACUCUCAGCAAAACAGGGGGCAGAUACACUGGCUUACAUUGCUCUGCUUGAAGAGAAGCUUCUUCCUGCAGUGCUUCACACAUUCUGGGUUGAGAGUGACAAUUACUUUACUGUGACAAAGCCAUGGUUUGCUUCACGAAUUCCUUUUCCCUUGAGUUUGAUCCUGCCUGGAAGGAUGUCUAAGGGAGCACUGAAUAGAAUUCUCCUGACUAGAGGACAGCCUCCCCUCUACCACCUCCAAGAAGUGGAAGCUCAGAUAUACAGAGAUGCCAGGGAGUGCCUAAAUCUGCUGUCACACAGAUUGGGAACAUCUCAGUUUUUCUUUGGAGAUACGCCGUCUACCUUGGAUGCCUAUGUAUUUGGUUUUCUUGCACCUCUUUAUAAAGUACGCUUUCCUAAAGUUCAGUUACAAGAACAUUUGAAACAGCUCUCCAACCUGUGCCGCUUUUGUGAUGACAUCCUAAAUUGUUAUUUCAGGCUUAGUCUUGAAGGCACCUCUCCUGCUGGACAAGAAACAGUAGACGCAAAUCUGCAGAAACUCACACAACUUGUAAAUAAGGAAUCCAACUUGAUUGAAAAGAUGGAUGACAAUCUUCGCCAAAGCCCCCAACUUCCUCCUCGGAAACUGCCAACACUCAAAUUGACUCCAGCAGAAGAAGAAAAUAAUUCCUUACAACGGCUGUCACCCUGACAGUCAUCAUGCUGCAUUUGCAUGCAUCAUGUCCAAGGUCAUGAUUGUUGCAGUAAUCUCUUACACUAGUGUGUGGAGGCAAAAAGAAAAUGCCAUUAGUAGGUAUAAGGGAGACUCCAAAAAGAAACUGUCUAUGACAUCUAUUUUUUUCUUAAUUAGGAAGCUUGUAUUUUGGCCUGGCAGUGCACUUUAGCUAACAUCAAAGUGAAUGCUAAAUCAACUUGGGGAACAAAGAAAAUACAUUGAACUGUAUAUUUAAAAACAAACAAACAAACAAAAACCUGCCUUAAUCUUGGCAGAUUUUUGCCUUUAUUUCAUAUGUUGCAGACCAAAAGCUGUAAUUCUGUUCUGAAUGUGCACUCUUAUUUAUUCAAGUUAUUUUAUUAAUUUUGUUUUCUUAGAACAGUUUGAAUAUCUAAUAUGUGGCUCUUUGAGGCUUUUUUCUUCUGUUUAGAAAUUUGAUGAUUUUAGACAUUAGGAAAAAUGUAAUAGUCCAAUAUUCUAUUUACUUCAAUAGAAAAGUCUAUUUAAAAAGCAAAGAGGAAUGUGCUUUUUAGUUAUGCCCUCAGAAGUGUAAUCUUUUAGGGGAUUAUACCAUAUAUAUGUAUAUGUAUAUAAAUAUCAAAGGUGGUCACAUAGAAUAUUCAUCUGACUAUUUGCACUUCUGGUAUUUGCUAUGUGUACAAUAUAAGGUUAGCAAGGAUGCUUUCAGUUUAUGGGGUGGAUGUGGCAGCUUUAGACCUGUGUAUUUGUAGUACACUUUUAACUCUAGUAUUCUCUUUCUUGGAUUGAUUUCAGGAGAACUGAGUAUGUUGGUCAUCGUUAUUACUCCAGGCUGUUAAGUCUUACUGAAAUUUGCCCAGUUGUCAGACCCUCCUCUGCCAGAGUAAUAGAAGUACCUACUGUGUGCCUGGUCCAAGUUCACCAUGCUUGGUUCAGACCAGUGUUCUUUCAGAAGAAGCCUAUCAUGUAGUCAAAAGCUUUAUGGCAACUUAUUAUUUUCCAUACAGUUUACCUGCGGUUGAAGGAUCCCGUGGAAUAUGCAGAAAUAACAGUAGUUUUUAAAGAACGUUUUCUACUUAUGGGUUACUGAACUGUUGCAGGAUUUGAUGUGCAGGUGAUUUUACUUAGAAUAGAAUCUUGCUUAUUUUAGUGGCUAAGGUGCUCCUGCUGUCCUAAAACCACUUCUGGGGUUUUUAAAAUAUGGGAUCAUGUUUUUGAUUAGUGUCUUACAAGAUUACUAUGGUGCUCAGCAAAUCUUAUCACAUCCUGUGGAAACUCCCGUGUUAAGAAAAGAGCUUUGUAGUCAAGAGACGCCCCUAAUUCGAGCUGAACGGAGAGCUCAGCUGUGUUUGAUCUGCGUCCUCCCAGUUUGUUCUGUAUUAGGUCUUCCACAGGAGUCUUUAAGUCGCUGUUAAUAUUUUUUCUUGAAAGUUUUAAUUCAGUGAGAAACAAGGUAGUCUUCAAAAUCUCGUUCAUGUGUUUGGGUGCAUGUAGGGAAUCUUCUCGGUCUUUUGGCUAAGAUCAAGUGUGGAUGCAUUUAGGGAAAGUAAUGAGUUUCACAUUACUUAUAUAAUAGGUUUGUGUGUUUUGUAUUAGUUUUCCAUUAGAUCCCAGCAUUCUAAAAUGUGUAUGAAUAUUUUAUAUUGAAAAUCAUGACCAUAGGACUUUAUUGUCCUCUGGGAUUGAUGUAUAUUGGAGAAGGGUGGCUAAAAAAUUAAUCAGACCUCUAUUUAUGCUGUAGUUAGGGUUGGUCAUUUUCAAUCAUGAUUUAUGUUAAACCUUCUUAGAAGCAUUUGAAGUGGCCUAAAAUUGUCAUACACACGUAAAACAGGACAGUUAAAAUUAGCUUUUGGAAAAAUAAAGUUUUUUUUUU